UACCUAAACUUAGGCCAUCUCUUUUUUUGUUUUCUUCUUCAAGCUUUAAAAGUUCCUCCUUUUUCUGCUCUCUCUACCUAUUUAUUUUUAGCAAAGAUUCAUAUUUUUUUAUCAAAUUAAUAAUGACCCAUUUUCGAAACCUUAGAAAAUCAGCUAUUCUCCAAUGGGUAUCUUCUUGUUUCUUUGAAAACCAACUCAACCCCCCAGUUUUUGUAAUGGGUUCGUUUCACUUAUCACAAAGGCAAAACCCUAGGUUUUAUAGGUCAAAAGGAUCAGCUGUAGCAGUGAAGCGUGAGGUUUUAGAGGUUCCCAAAAUCCCUCGGGCCACUUUGAAAGAGGCUCAAGCUGCUUUGUUGGAAUAUUUGCAUUGGACUAGGAGUAUUCCGUUUAUGGAUGCGGAGAACAUGAGCAAAAACUCACCUCAUUUUUUACGAAACCUUUUGGAAAAGGUUAACAUUGUUAAGGAUGUUAGAAGCUCUAUGGCGCGGUUUUUACGUUAUCAUCCCAUUAAUGAAUUCGAACCUUUCUUUGAGAGUUUGGGAUUGAAGCCUUGGGAGUAUACUCCUUUACUUCCUAGGAAUUUGAUGUUUUUGAGUGAUGAUUCUUUGUUUUUUGAGAAUUAUAGGGUCUUGUGUCAAUUCGGGAUUGAACGAAAUAAGAUUGGUCGGAUAUAUAAGAAAGCAAUUCAAGUGUUCCAACUUGAAUCUGGUGCUUUGCCAUUAAAGCUUCAAGCUUAUCAAGAACUGGGGCUUAGCCACUCUUUUAUGGUUAAGAUUAUUGUUUGUAGCCCUUGUGUUUUGAUUGGUGAUGUAGAUAUGAAAUUCAUUAAGGUAUUAGAGAUUUUGAGGAGUAUGGGAUUUGAUCAUGCUUGGAUUCAGGAGCAUUUGGCAGAUCAAGAUUCAUAUAAUUGGGGUUUGAUACUUCGUGUUCUGAACAUCUUUAGUGAGAUGUUCUGCAGCAAUGAGUUAGUUAGGUUAAUCAGCCAGCAUCCAGGGCUUUUGUUUGAGGGUUCUGGGUAUGCUACGUUUUCACUAAUCGGGUUCCUGUUGAAAUUUGGACAUCCAAUAGAUCAGAUAUCUUCUAUGUUCCUACAGUUUCCAAAAAUCCAAGUUCAGCAAUUCGUUUCAAAUCUUAUUAAAUGUUUUGUGUUCUUUCACGAGAUUGAGAUGGAGGUGGAUGAGAUUGCGAAACUUGUUUGUUCAUACACUGUAUUACUUGGUUCAUGCAGGUUGAAGAAAACAAAUAGUUUACUUAGUAACUUGAAUGUUGGAAAAAAGAGGCUUUGUAAAUUCAUCCAAGAGAAUCCCCAAGAAUUGAGUAAAUGGGUUAUUGGAUUAAGAAUUGUGCCAUUACCAGACUCAGGAGAGGAUAUAGAGUCAAAAAGGUUGAAGAUGAAGUUCCUUUUAGACUUGGGAUAUGGAGAAAACCCAAACAUGAUGAACAAAGCAUUCAAGGUGUUUCGAGGCAGAGGAGGGGAGCUCCAAGAGAGAUUUGAUUCGAUCGUGAAUGCUGGUUUGGAUAAGGCGGACGUGUCUGAAAUGGUCACCGUAUCCCCUCAAAUCCUAAAUCAAUCAAAAACUGUUAUCCAAUCUAAGAUUGAUAUUCUAGUAAACGAAUUGGGUUACCCCUUAUCGUCUUUAGUAUCAUUCCCCUCUUUUCUUUCCUAUACAACACAAAGGGUCAGGCUUAGAAUGGCAAUGUAUAAUUGGCUCAAAGAUCAUAAAAAAGCAGAGCCUGACUUGGCCUUGAGCACCAUUGUUGCAUGUUCAGACAAAAUAUUCCUGAAUCAAUAUGUGAAUCAUCAUCCUAGUGGCCCUCGAGUUUGGCAGGAUCUAAAAGCAGAGCUUAGCAUGGAUAAAUGAUACAUUAUUUACCUAUUUUAUUGCACCAUUAUGAGUUAUCUCUUGCAAUUUUCCACUGAUA